AUGCCACAACAUCGAUUACCUACUUCACCUAGUGUGUCGUCUUCGAGAUCGUCUUCUUUCACAAGAGUCUAUCAACGUCCAGAAUCACCUACGCUUCCUCCUGAAAACGAAGGUCGCUCAACUCGCUCUUAUGUUGAUUAUCAUGAUAAUCCCACUUCUCCUAGUCAUCCUACCAGGUCAAUGCCAGAUAUAGGCACAGCUACAAAAACAAAAUCUCGAACAAGAUCCAAAUCGAGACCAUCUGCCUCUAAUUCGACCACUUCUUCAAGAACAUCUAGAACCAAAUCAACCAAGCUUCACAAAACACCUGAUCAUUUGGCUACAGCUAUCGAAAUAAGUACGACAAAUGCUAUUUCCUCUCCUGCCCCUGCCGCAGGUAUGUAUUGGUCCCGUACGCUGACCUAUGGCAAGGGCCCUUCUCGCCCUUUACGUGCUCACACUGCAAACUUGAUUGGAGAUCGCUUAUUCGUUUUUGGUGGCUGUGACACAUCUUCCUGUUUUAAUACGCUUUAUAUUUUAGAUAUGGAUACUAUGAUUUGGUCAAAGCCACGUACUGUUCAUCCACAGUAUGGACCGCCUCCCUGCCGUGCUCACUCAUGCACGGUGGUUGAAAAAGACCUUGGAUAUGGUAAAAAGUCCCAUCAGCUCUAUUUCUUUGGAGGAGGUAACGGGCCAGAUUACUUUCAAGACGUUUAUGUAUUGGAUGCAGAAACCUUGACUUGGUCAAAACCAGAUAUUGAUCCACAAUCGAGACCUUCCAAGCGACGAGCUCACACGUCUUGCUUGUGGGAGAAUAAGUUGGUCAUCAUUGGCGGUGGUGAUGGUGCUCGUGCAUUAGAUGAUGUUUAUAUGCUAGAUAUUUCAAAACAAGGGCAACUGAGAUGGGAAAAAUUAGAAACUACCGGUCGUUGUCCUCCUGCUAGAGGUUAUCAUACGAGCAACCUUGUUAAAGAUAAAUUGGUUGUCUUUGGCGGUAGUGAUGGUCAUGAUUGUUUUGAGGAUAUCCAUGUCCUUGAUCUCAAAUCUGCAAAAUGGAGUCAAAUUGAAUUAGAUAAGAAAAUACCAAGAUUGGCACAUACUUCUACACAAGUUGGAUCCUAUGUUUUUGUUAUCGGAGGACAUGAUGGCAGACGGUAUUCUCAAGAAGUAUUGCUGUUUAACCUCGUGACCAUGAGCUGGGAAUCACGCAAGAUUUAUGGUGUAGCUCCCAACCCCCGUGGCUAUCAUACAACUGUUUUAUAUGAUUCUAGAUUAUAUGUACUAGGUGGAUAUGACGGAAAGAAUGUGUUUGACGAUGUACACAUGUUGGAAUUAAGUGCUUGCGCUUAUUUACCUCAAAUCACGAAUUUUGAAAUAGACGUUUAA